AAGAAAUCCAUAUCAUUACAACAAAUGUAUUGAUUCCGGUGCUUGUUACUGGUGUUGUUUUACAAGAUGAUUCUCUCACGCACAGGCGUUGCGCGCGAGCGCGGCGCCGCAACUCAUAAUGCACAUGUAACCACUGCGACUCCUAUUCGGCCUGUUUUGCUGCAUUUAGCUUCCAGCCCAGCCCUCACUAAACUUGCGCCCGGGACUAGCGCUGGUGCCAGCCGGGGGCGCCGCGUCGUUGUUACUGGCGUUGCGAGCAAGGACCUUACCAGUGAGGCCGAGAAGUUUGUGGCGACGCUUGAGACCGAGGAGGAUGAGGAUGCCCUCAUCGAGCCGGCGCAGCUACGCGGCCAGCUGCAGACCCUGCGCGAUGAGGAGGCCCGCCUCACCGCUGCAAUCGACACGCUGUACGACGGCGUGUUUGCGGGCGUGGGCGCCCACGUCCCGCCCCUGGACGCCGAGGGAGCCGAGGCCAACGGCGGCAGCGGCGCAACGCAGCGACCCAUGGGGCUGGCAGCGGAGGCCGCCGCCGCCGACGACACCACAGCCGCCGCCACCGCCGCCGCCGCAGGCGGCGUAGGGAAGGAGGCGGGAGAGGAGCAGGGAGAGCAGGGAGAGGAGGGAGAGGGGGAGGGAGAGGAGUGCAAGAAGGAGGAGUGGAUGGCGCUGACGGCGCCGGUGACGGAGGCGGGCUUUGCGCUGCUGGGGCGCGACCGGCCGUCGGCGGCGGCGGCGCUGAUGGUGGCGGCGGAGGCGGCGCGCGGGGCGGCGGCGUGGCAGGCGUUCCAGUCGCAGGCGCGCACGCUCAAGCUGCAGCGCAGUCGUGUGGCCAAGGAGGGGAAUGAGGUGGAGGCUGCCCUGGGGCAGGCAGAGCGCGCCGCCGCCAUGCGAGCCGCCGCCGCCGCCGCCGCCGCCGCCGCCGCCGCCGCCACGUCGACGGCAACGGGGGUGGCGGGCCGCGGCGCGGCGGUGCCGUUGGCUCCGGCCGGCGGCGCGCGGGCGGCGGCGGGCGGGCGGGCGGGCGGCGGCGGGCCGCGGCGGGAGGUGCGGAUUGUGCUGGUCAGCGGCUUCGAGAGCUUUAACGUGGGCCUGUACAAGGAUGCGGCGGAGCUGCUGAAGCGCUCCAUGCCCAACGUCACACUCCAGGUGUUCUCCGACCGCGACCUGGCCUCCGACGCCACCCGCUCCCGGCUGGAGGCGGCUCUGGGGCGCGCCGACAUCUUCUUCGGAUCACUGCUGUUCGACUACGACCAGGUGGAGUGGCUACGGGCCCGGCUGGAGCGGGUGCCUGUGCGGCUAGUGUUUGAGUCGGCGUUGGAGCUCAUGAGCUGCAACAAGGUGGGGUCGUUCAUGAUGGGCGGCGGCGGUCCCGGCGGCGGCCCGCCCGGCAAGGCGCCCGGCCCGCCGCCCGCGGUGAAGAAGGUUCUCUCCAUGUUUGGAAGCGGUCGCGAGGAGGACAAGAUGGUGGGCUACCUGUCCUUCCUCAAGCUGGGCCCCAAGCUGCUCAAGUGGGUACCGGGCCAGAAGGCGGCCGACCUGAGGGCCUGGCUCACUGCCUACGCCUACUGGAACCAGGGCGGCUCCUCCAAUGUGGUGGCCAUGUUCAGUUACCUGGUGGAGACCCUGAUGGAGCCAACGGGCUACGUGCCGCCGCCUGUGGUGGAGACUCCCGCACUGGGCUGCCUCCACCCCUCCGCGCCCGGCCGCUACUUCGAGUCCCCCGCCGAGUACAUGAAGUGGUACGCCAGGGAGGGCCCGCUGCGCGGCACGGGCGCCCCGGUGGUUGGCGUGCUGCUGUACCGCAAGCAUGUGAUCACCGACCAGCCGUACAUCCCGCAGCUGGUCAGCCAGCUGGAGGCGGAGGGGCUGCUGCCCGUGCCCAUCUUCAUCAACGGCGUGGAGGCGCACACCGUGGUUCGCGACCUGCUGACCUCCGUGCACGAGCAGGAUCUGCUUGCACGCGGCGAGACGGGCGCCAUCAGCCCCACCCUGAAGCGGGACGCGGUCAAGGUGGACGCGGUGGUGAGCACCAUUGGCUUCCCGCUGGUGGGCGGCCCCGCCGGCACCAUGGAGGGCGGGCGGCAGGCGGAGGUGGCCAAGGCCAUCCUGGGCGCCAAGGACGUGCCGUACACGGUGGCGGCGCCGCUGCUUAUUCAGGACAUGGAGAGCUGGAGCAGGGACGGCGUGGCGGGUCUCCAGAGUGUGGUGCUGUACUCGCUGCCGGAGCUGGACGGCGCAGUGGACACGGUGCCACUGGGGGGGCUGGUGGGGGACGACAUCUACCUGGUGCCGGAGCGGGUGAAGAAGCUGGCGGGGCGGCUCAAGUCGUGGGUGGCGCUGCGGCGCAAGCCCGCACCGCAGCGUAAGGUCGCUGUGCUGCUGUACGGCUUCCCGCCGGGCGUGGGCGCCACAGGCACCGCCGCACUGCUCAACGUGCCCAGGAGCCUGGAGAACGUGCUUGUGUCGCUGCGCAAGGCCGGAUACGACCUGGGACACAACGUACCCGAGGACCUGUCCGGCCUGGGCGAGGCGCUGGUGACCGCCCUCAAGGCGCAGGAGGACGCCCGUGCGCUCAACAAGGGGCAGGCGGGGGUGGCGGCGCUGGGCGGCGGCGCGGCGGCGGCGUGGGGCGCCAGCUGCGGCGCGGGCGAGAUGAGCCCGCAGCGACUCAAGGAGCUGCUGACGUACCCCGCGGACUGGGGCCCGGCCGAGUGGGGCCCGCUGCCCUACCUGCCCGACCCCGACGUGCUGGUUCGCCGCAUGGAGGCGCAGUGGGGCGAGCUGCGAGCCUACCGCGGCCUCAACACCUCGGCGCGCGGCAUGUUCCAGGUGCCGGGCCUGCAGCUGGGCAAUGUGUGGGUGGGCGUGCAGCCACCGCUGGGCAUCGAGGGGGACCCCAUGCGACUGCUGUUCCAGCGGGACCUCACGCCCCACCCCCAGUACGCCGCCUUCUACAAGUGGAUCCAGCACGAGUACGGGGCUGACGUGGUCCUGCACUUCGGCAUGCACGGCACCGUGGAGUGGUUGCCUGGGGCGCCGCUGGGGAACAACGGCCUCAGCUGGAGCGACGUGCUGCUCGGCGAGCUGCCAAACGUGUACGUGUACGCUGCCAACAACCCCUCCGAGUCCAUCGUGGCAAAGCGGCGCGGCUACGGCACCAUCGUCAGCCACAACGUGCCGCCGUACGGGCGGGCGGGUCUGUACAAGCAGCUUUCCAGCCUCAAGGAGACGCUUCAGGAGUACCGCGAGGCCGCGCAGGCCGCACGUGCCCGAGCAGGAGCCAGCAGCAGCAGCGGCAGUAGCAGCAGUAGCAGUAGCAGCGGCAGUGGCAGUAGCAGCAGCAGUGUGGAGCUGCGGGCGGCGUUGGCACCGGUGGUGGAGGGGCAGGCGGGGCUGGUGAUCGACGGCGUGAAGCUGGCGGGUCUGGAGGCGGACUGCCCCUACACCAACGCCGCGGGCCAGGUGGUGCCGCUGCCCUCGCCGCCCUCGCCGCCGACGGCCCACGCCCCGGACGGCUCCAGCGCCGGGCACGCGUCCUCCUCCUCCUCCUCCCCUCCUGCCCACUCCGCCUCUGCCCACUCCUCCGCCUCCCCUGCGCCGUCACCUGCUCAUCCCUCCUCCUCUGGCUCCUCCUCUGGCCCCGCCUCCUCUGCCUCCUCCGCCGCCUCCUCCGGCUCCUCCGCCUCGGGUGCGAUCGACCCGCUGGAGUUCGACGCCUACACUGACCGCCUGUAUGCCUACCUGCAGCUGCUGGAGGGGCGGCUGUUCAGCGAGGGGCUACACGUACUGGGAGCGCCGCCGGCGCCGCCGCAGCUGCAACAAUACCUGGAGGCUUAUUUCGGACCCGGCCUACCCAAGGCGGCAGUCGAGGCGGUGGCGGCGAGCGGCGAGGCGGGUGCGGCGGCGGUGCGCUCACGGCUGGAGCGACUCCUGGAGGAGGAGACGGGUCAGUCGCCUUUUGAGGCGGCACUGGCGCCACAGCAGCAGCAGCAGCAGCAGCAGCAGCAGCAGCAGCAGCAGCCGGCGGCCAAGCCCACACAAGAGGAGCUCGCAGAACGGCUGGACGAGGCUGUCAAGAUCCGGAACCUGCUCAUGCAGAACACGCAGGAGCUGGACGGGCUGCUCAAGGGCCUGGGUGGGCGUUACGUGCUUCCCGAGGCGGGCGGCGACCUGCUGCGGGACGGGUCGGGCGUGCUGCCCACCGGCCGCAACAUCCACGCACUGGACCCCUACCGCAUGCCCUCCCCCGCCGCCAUGGCCCGUGGGGCGGCGGUGGCGGCGGCCAUUCUUGAGCAGCACCGGGCGGCUAACAGCGGGGCGUGGCCCGAGACCUGCGCCGUCAACCUGUGGGGGCUGGACUCCAUCAAGAGCAAGGGCGAGAGUGUGGGGGUGGUGCUGGCGCUGGUGGGGGCGGUGCCGGUGCGCGAGGGUACGGGCCGCGUCGCGCGCUUCCAACUGGUGCCGCUGUCAGAGUUGGGCCGGCCGCGUGUGGACGUGCUUUGUAACAUGAGCGGCAUCUUCCGCGACUCCUUCCAGAACGUGGUGGAGCUGCUCGACGACCUGUUUGCAAGGGCCGCCGCCGCCGCUGACGAGCCAGAUGACAUGAACUUCAUCGCCAAACACGCCCGAGCCAUGGAGAAGCAGGGCCUGUCCGCCACCUCGGCCCGCCUGUUCUCCAACCCGGCUGGCGACUACGGGUCGAUGGUCAACGAGCGAGUGGGGCAGGGCAGCUGGGCCAACGGCGACGAGCUGGGUGACACGUGGGCGGCCCGCAACGCCUUCAGCUACGGCCGAGGCAAGGAGCGAGGCACGGCGCGGCCCGAGGUGCUGCAGGCGCUGCUCAAGACCACGGACCGGAUCGUGCAGCAGAUCGACAGUGUGGAGUACGGCCUGACAGACAUCCAGGAGUACUACGCCAACACGGGCGCCCUCAAGAGAGCCGCCGAGGUGGCCAAAGGCGACCCGGGCCCCGGUGGCCGGCGGCCGCGCGUGGGGUGUUCCAUUGUGGAGGCCUUUGGCGGCGCGGGCGCGGGCGCGGGCGGCGCCGGUGGAGCGGGCGUGCCGCCGCCUCGCGAGCUGGAGGAGGUGCUGCGCCUGGAGUACCGCUCGAAGCUGCUCAACCCCAAGUGGGCCCGGGCCAUGGCGGCGCAGGGCAGCGGCGGCGCCUACGAGAUCAGUCAGCGCAUGACGGCGUUGGUGGGCUGGGGCGCCACCACCGAUUUCAGGGAGGGCUGGGUGUGGGACCAGGCCAUGGACACGUAUGUGGGCGAUGAGGAGAUGGCCAGCAAGCUCAAGAAGAACAACCCGCAGGCCUUUGCCAACGUGCUGCGGCGCAUGCUGGAGGCGGCGGGCCGCGGCAUGUGGAGCCCCAACAAGGACCAGCUGGCACAGCUCAAGUCGCUGUACAGCGAGAUGGACGACCAGCUGGAGGGGGUGACGGGCGGGCCGCCAGCGCCGGCAGGAGGCGGCGGCGACGCGGCGGGGGCGGGCGCGAAGCCGGCGAGCAAGGGAGCUGGCGGCAGCCGACGGCGGCGGUGAUGAUUGAUGAUGUGGUUGCGCUGAUUGAUGGAACCCGGAGGGCAAAUAUGCAAAUAGGUAGGGGCAAAUCCUCAGACGCGAGCCGGGGUCGCUGUAUAUCUGCGGGGCAAGUGUCGCUAUCGCGUGCAUAUAUUUGACGAACAGCGAGAGGGCGCUGAGCACCUGUGAUUGGAGUUGAUAACUGGAAUGUUGACUUCGACUUCAUGUAUUGCUUUUUAUCAAGUGCUAUAUGUAUCAAGUGCUUCGACCUGGAGGCUGUGGCCCUUAUGAGUGACGCCGACGGGGUAGCUGCUGCGUGCCUGUGUCAGCUGUGCCAGCAAAGGCCAGGGUCGCGCGGGGGAGCUUAACUCACGGGGACAACCGGCAUGCUCUUCGAGUUUGCCCUGGUCGGGGAGGCAGGCGAAGGUGGACGCAUCCGGGGGUACCCCUUGAGGGUGCGUCGGCUGGGCUGUUGUACAAACUGCAUGGGGCGCUGACU